CAAUAAGUGAGGACGCGUGCUUGGAUUUGAAUUCAGGCAAUAGCUAACAACUUACGGAGACAUUAGUCAACUAUCACAGCAAAACAGACACAGGAAACAACACUGUAACACUGCCUAUUUCGUUUUCUAAUAAUUAGUGUGAGCAUUUGAAUGUGAGUAACAUUAGCCAACAUCGUCUCGUAUAUAAAUCGCUACUCAAGAGUUGCAUCUACAGUAAGACAUCGCUGUUUGAGGAGUGAUCCCUGUACUUGCAAUGAAAGCAGGCGUUGUCCACUGCCGUUGUUCAAAAUGCUACUCGGUUCCAGCACGGAAGCGGGUACGUAAGCGAUCUUCUGGGAUCACCUUGCUGUCUCUUCCUGAGGAGGUUCUUCUCUGUGUGCUCCAGUAUCUCUCUGCAGAGGAUCUCCUGUCUAUCCGAGCUGUUCACUCUCAGCUGCGGGACAUUGUUGACAACCACUCUAGUGUUUGGGCCAGGGUCAGUUUCAGAGACACGUGGCCAUCCCCAAACACAUUAUGGCUUUUUGAAAGAGCUGCUGACAAAGGGAAUUUUGAAGCUGCUGUGAAGCUUGGAAUUGCAUAUUUAUACAAUGAAGGACCAUUGUUAAGUGACGAGGGCCGAGCAGAUGUGUGUGGUCGAAAGGCUUCCCACUUCUUUAGCCUCGCAGAGAGCCUGCGCUCCCUCACAGCAGAUCCCUUCAUCUGGGUGUUCAUCCGUCCACCGUGGUCGCCCACCGGCAGCUGCUGCAAGGCCGUGGUGUUUGAUCACCUCAAGGCUGAGUGCGCUAACAACAUGGAGAGGAGGGGUCCCCUGUUGCAUUGUUUGGCCAAAGUUUUGCAGCUGUUUGAGGAUGAUGAGAAGCGUUCAGAAGCCAUAUCCAUGCUGGAGGAGUCGUCACAGGCUGGCUGUCUACAGAGCUCAUACCUGAUGUGGCAGCACAGCCGUAAGGCAGCUAUCGCAGAUCCAGGAAGGUACCUGCAGUGUGUGCGAACCCUCAGGGACUAUGCUGGGAAAGGAUGUUGGGAGGCACAGUUGUCCUUGGCCAAAGUGUGCAGCAGUGGCAAUCCGCUGGGUUUGGAGUCGAAGGCCUGCUCGGAUUUAGUCGCCCAGCUCUUCAGCUCCUGUAAUCCAGCAUCACGGCCCUCAUCUCAGGAAAUCUUGAAACAAGGAAUCAAGGACAGCAUGAGGUACAUCCUGGUGGACUGGCUUGUGGAGGUGACCACAAUGAAGGACUUCACCAGCCAGACGCUGCAUGUGACUGUAGGCUGCGUGGACCGUUAUUUGACUUUGCGGUCUGUCCCCAAAGCUCGUCUUCAGUUAUUAGGAAUCGCCUGCAUGGUCAUCUGCACAAGAUACAUCAGCAAAGAAAUCCUGACCAUACGUGAAGCAGUUUGGUUGACAGACAACACCUACAAAUAUGAGGACCUGGUUCGAAUGAUGGGAGAGGUCAUCUCUGUGCUGGAGGGAAACAUCAGGAGCCCCACACUGCUGGACUACGGCGAGGUCCUGUUCUCUCUGCUCCCUCUGGAGAGGCGAACCACUCACCUAUUUAGCUACAUCUGCGAGCUGUCCCUGCUUUACUCUGCUCUAGCCACACCGCCACCUGCUAAACUGGCCUGUGCCGCACUGCUGCUCACACGGGCAUUACAUCACUAUGCUCCUCUUUGGCCCACCUUGUUGGCAGAUUACACAGGCUUUUCCAAGCAAGACAUUGUUCCCCUUUCAGUGCUGCUCUAUGUCAAAUGUUUCAGUCAAGAUGUUCCCAAAGAUUACAGGCACGUCUCUCUCACUGGUGUCAAGCAACGGUUUGAAGACGAGGCCUACCACCACAUCAGUAAAGAUAAGGUGAUGGAUUUUAAAGAGCUCUGCCAGAUCCUGGAGAUUCCUGAGGUGGUGCCUCAGAUGGAGCCUCCCAGUCCCACUGGUCAGCCAGCGGACAUCCAUACCUUCCUGGCCUCUCCAUCAAGCGAUAGCAAGAAGAGACGCGAUGACAGCAUGCAGGCGCACCGAGGCAGCUUUGUGGCCACGCCCACUGCAGAACUAUCAAAUCAGGAGGAGAAGCUGCUGGGCGACAUCCUGGAUUGGAGCCUGGACACUUCCUGCUCGGGUUAUGAGGGGGACAGGGAGGAAGAAAGCGAGGGAGAGAGAGAGGAUGACUGUUCCAUGAUAUCCAUCAAGCUGGAUCCGCUUACUGAUGCAGGCGAAAGGGGGGAGCACUGCCGAGCUCUAUCCAGCGAUGAGGACAGCUUCUGUGAAGCAAGGAGGGAGGUGAACAAGGAUUCCCAAGGCCAAGAGCCCGUUUCCCUCUCUAAAGACCUUCACAGUUCAGGAUAUUCCUCAGUCCAGAGUGUAAGCCCCUCAUCUACAUGCUCCUCCUCCUCCUACUCAUCGUCUCUCAGGGCUUGCACAUUCAAGACCUUUACCACUUCUCUGGGUGCUGCUUCUUCCAAUGCCCAGCCAGGCUUCCGCCUCUUAGUUCCCAUGCAGAGGCCUCGGGGCACAUCUAGCAAACAAGUAAAAAGGAAGAACACAGCGGCUCACAGUGGAUGCGAGGUGGAGAGAGAAGAGGAGGAGGAAGAGUAUUCUGCCAGUGCAGGGUUUCUGAGCCUAUAGACCAUGGUUAUUUUGAUGGCCUCAGACUUUUCACACUUUAAGAAAACACACACACACACACACACACACACACACACACACACACACACACACACACACACACACACACACACACACACACACACACAAAAAAAAAUUCCAGCACUUUUCAAUAUUGCAGGCUGACUCAUGUCAGUCUGCACUGGUCUGUCAAUCACCACAAGAUCUAGAGACUUGGCUCAAGGAGAAGUAAGGGAAAGACGAACGUCUGUAUAUGAAUAGAAUAGAAACAUGCCUUCUAUUGUGUUACAUUUCAUUUACAUGUUUACAGGCUUGCAGCAAUUAAAUACCUCCAGUAAAGAGACUCACACUCAGCUCUGAUACCACUGGAAAAUAACUUGCCUUUCCUCAGGACCCUGGUACAAUGGUUGCCAUUUCAGCUAUUUUUACAGUCUCCUACAACGACCUAUCUCAGAUCACGCUGGAUAGUUGUAAAAAGUGAAACCUCAUGGAUAUGUUUUGUUUUUUGGGGGGGUGUAUUGUUUUGGUUGCUGAUAUGCACUGUCUGUACAAGAAGUAAGCUUGUAUUUUGGUGAAUUUCAUACAUAGGUGACCACUGUCAUCUACUUAAUGGAUCGUCAAUGAUUGUUUGCCUUCACGUUCACUUUUGUUCUUUGCCAAAGGUACUGUGGUGGUGUCUGUUUUACUCGUUUCAGGGGCAUCUACCUUCAGAGAAGCAGAGCUGUGAAAUGACUCAUUUGGUGAACUGCAUCCUCUGUAGUCUUGUAACUAUACACCAGUUGUGCUGUGUAUAAAUUUUUAUUCUGUUUUAAUGUUUUGAUCAGUGUUAAGACCUGUAACACACUAAUCACAUCAGGUGGUAAAUGUUGGGUUUUUCAUACACUAUACAUUUGUGAAGUUUUGCCAAUGACCAAGAACCACCAGCCGAACAACUAUUGUGCAAAUGUUUGGUGUUGUGUGGUUGUAACUUAUUUUUGCGCAGACCUGACACAGCACCCAGCGCAACACAGAACUCUAAGAUGAUGUGAAAAAGUGCUUUACUCACUUUUCUUUCUUUCUCCAUCUGUAUAAGGUCUAGCACUUUAAUUAUCACAGAAGGGAGGGUGGUUCAAUCAAUGUAACAACUUUCCACGCUUGAACAAUCAGUACUAAAGUGGUUUUUAAUGCAUUAGUGUUUCUGUCGUUGACACAAAUGGAAGUUGUUUUUUUUGUUGUUGUUUUUUUUUUACACUAAAGUUUUUGUUUUUUGUCUUUUCUUUCUGGGGUUUUCACUGAAUUUCAUCCCACAUUCAGGAGGACCAGUACAUGAUGUUGAAAGGAUUGUGACUGACUGUAAAUGCAUUUUAAACUGUUACUUCAGACUGGUUAUAGCCUGUGUUGUUUUUUUUGUUGGUUUUUUUUAAAUGUACAUAGUGUUUUUAUGUAUAAAUGAGAAAAAAGAACAAAGAAAAUGCCACUACUUGAAAUUUUAUUUGCUUCAUUCCAAAAAAGGCAGUUUUCUUUGUGAAAUUGUUUUUAGUGUGUUCUCAGUAGACAUUUGAUGUGAAUAUGUACUACUUUUUUUUUU